AUGCACUUUUCAAGGAUCUUUAAAUCAUCGCCGCAUUGCGCGUCAAGUCCUGAUGGUAACCUGAUUGCAACCUUGUCGCCCACCAGCGUCAGUGUACGGUCUGUCGAAACCCUCGAGACUAUUCAUAGCGUCAAAUUACCGUCCAAUGUCGGUCCUGCCUAUGCUUUGCGCUGGUCACCUUCGUCAAGACGCAUUCUCGCCUGCUUCUCUGACCAGGUUCUGAUCUACUCAGCUUCGGGUCCAGGUUAUCGUGGCGUCAUACGAAACCCCGCAACCCCUAAUCUGAAGCCUACCUUUGUUCAGUUUGGCGCUUCCGACACCGAGAUCUUCAUGUGCUCAUCCUACGGCCUCAAGUUCUCCAUCUUCGACCUGGCCACUUCGAGAACCACCGAGAUCAGCAACCCAAAAUUCCACCAAGCUAGUGUAGCUUCUCGUGGCUUUGCACUUCGCCCCGGCUCAGGACAUUUGGCCAUCCUCACACGCGUCGCCGGUAAAGAUAUCGCCAGUGUUCACCAUAUUAAGACACGACAAGUCCUUCGCUCUUGGCAGCCCGAUACUGUCGAUGCUCAAGGACUGGCCUGGACCCCGGACGGCCGCUGGCUCCUUAUGUGGGAGUCUGCGGCUCAAGGACACAAAAUCCUGUUUUACACGCCCGACGGCCACCUCUUCAAGACGUGGUCUGGACCCUCACCUUGGGCCAUCGAGGAGAAGCAUUACGAACUCGGCGCUGGGGUAAAGCACUGUCAAGUCAGCCCGGACGGCGCUCACAUUGCAGUGUGCGACCACACUCGCAGUGUAUGCGUUCUGGAAACCAAGUCCGCAGCCGAGUCGAUGAGACUCGAACAUCCUGCAACCAUUACUCCGAGGGAUACCGUUCAGAUCUGGCAAGAGGAGAUCGCCACGACCCAAUCAGGUUCACAGCACUCCUUUUCGCGCGCGACCCAGUCCGUAUCUGCUCCGGGCCGAGCGAGCAACGGCAUUGUCGACACCAAGCUAGCCCGCACUUUUUCCGUCUUUGAUGCAUCAUCCAGUCUUUUAGCUACCACCUUGGAGGACUGCCCAAGCACUGUUUGGGUCUGGGAUUUGGCGUCAUCUGAACUGCGCGCCGUUCUCAUCUUCCACAGUCAAAUUUUGGCUUUCUCCUGGCACCCAAAACAGCGCGAGUUGCUCAUGGUUACGUGCGAGGGAGACAACUACGCAGGUUUGGUGUUCGUCUGGGACCCCUUGUCCGACGGCCCGAAGACGGUUCACUUCAGAGGGCAGCUACCCGAUGCCAAGGUGUUGGGCAAGCCCCAAGCAUCGUGGCUCGACUGGACUGGCGAUUCUGCCGUUCUCCUGCUGGGAGAUAGCAAGCAUCAUCUCAUGGCAUCACUUGCGGAAGCUGAGGAGUCCGGAGCUCCAUGGCAAGACGCGCAGCGCAAUGAUUUGACAAUGACCACUGGCAAGGAUGAGACGCAGAUGGAGGCACCUGCACUGGACGAUUUCGACGAGGAUCUGUCCGGUCUAGACAUGUCCGAGCAGCGCCACCACUUUGGUUCAAGACGGCUGCACCAGAAGCUUCCCCGACCAACCAUCCGAAGACAAGCCCCAAACCUGCGGGUGUCACGCAGAUCUUAUUGGUUUCCCAGCUACCCGCGGCUGCGCGGUGGUGCAGCCGAGCGCGAUGAUGGAUACAGCACCCGCACCGACUUGAUGCAGAAAGUUGUGGAAGGACUGUCAGUGGUAAGCGUUCGCAUCUCUUGCGGACAGCCGCAACAUGGCUUCAAGGACAGGGCUCUACACGAAACUGUGCAAAAUUCGUCUGCUCGUCGCUCGAACUCUGCACCGCGCUUAGUGGAUGUUGUCCUUCGCGGCUUCUCUCAACUGACGCCUAUUUGCUUAUUUGUAUCGACUACCCGCAAGCCCAGGCUUUACAAUGUGUUGGAGUUGCAGGCUACGUACAGCGGCACAGCAUCGAACCAACUUACUGCAGGGGUCUAUGAUGGAACUUUCUCAGUCCGAGCCUGCUCCCCUCGAGUCUAUCACUCGAACUUGCCAUUGGCUGUAGAUGAUCAAGGGCAAAGGCUCAGAAUGCAUUCGGAUUUUGAUCAGCACUUUCAGCUGUUCAUGGACCAUCUGAUAAACCGCUGGUCCCUGGUCAUUGUUCCCAAUGGUUCACGGCACAUAUUUUCGGAUGACUCGAUAAUGAUAGCAGCCGUCUUGCUCGACCCAACAACAGCCAAAGAGCUUAUGCGCGCGAUUGGUGACUGUGCCCAGAACAAGCUUGCAUCAAGCCGGACCCCACAUGUAAAUGAGCUGCAUCACACCUUUUUCGUUGCGACGUUCUUUGGCGCCGCAUGUACUGCGGGUAUCGGUACCAGAUCGUUGCUGACCCCGAAACCCCAAAGCGUAGCACAUGGGUUCGGGUACCUAGGCCAGGACGACUACUUCCAACGAAGAUGGAAUGUCUGUCUGCCAAGUACCGGUUCAGACUGGGAUAACCCGGGGGCAGCACUAGCAGAAAUCUCCCUUUCCUCGAACUAA